AUGGCACAAGAGCUCCUCCCUUGCUUGGUCUCCUCUCCUACCAUUCAUGAUAUCCUGUCCGAAGCCAAGCAUGAAACAACCACUCACUGUGAUGAUCCCCUUAUGGCGAAACCUUCGGUUGAAGGUGCUUUUCCAUUUGGUUCCUCUUCCCCAACACUGCCAGUAGCUAGGAAGGUGUACUCAGCUGCUAAGAAGGCUCGUGUGUUACCCAACUUGUUCUGGUUGACGAGCAAGAUUCGGCUUCAGGCAUCUAUAUCUGGCACGGCCCCCACUCGCGCCCAGUCGUUUGUGAAGACGCACACAAAGAAAGACGGCACUUACCUGAACGAGCGGACACGGGACCUAUGCGAGCGGAUGACACAGAGUUUGUCCACUGAUCCUGCUGCCUCGGACCCCGUCUCAUCAGAUACGGUGCGUUGGGCACCUGGCGACGCGUACGAGCAAGCGGUUGGGCGACCCGAGUAUGCGGGUAGGGUUCGGCAAGUUGGGCCGAACGUUACUCCUGUUCGCGGGACUUGUUUCUCGUAUAGGGGCCGCACACGGGGGGGACCGGCCGAGGGCACGUCUCAGGAUUGGGCUGCUCACAAAAUUGCGGAGUUGGAGGGCAUAGUGCGGGCCGAGAGAGAGCGGGCUGACAGCAUGGAGCAGCGCAUACGACAGAUUGAUGAUAUGGAGCAGCGCAUGCGAGAUUUUGAUGCUAUGGAGCAGCGCAUGCGACAUUUUGAGGCCUUCAUGUCCUCUACAGGAUUAUCGUUCGUAUGCCCUGGUGCUCAGCAGUCUUCACCUGCACACGUCGGUAGUACGUCAUCUGUUAGUAGUGCGCCUGCAGGUAAUGCGACAACGGUUGGUCCGUUGUCGCCUUCUGGACAAUUGCUGAGCCAACAAUCCCCUCUCGGGACUCCUUCGCCCGUUACACCAUCUCUUGCGGGACAAUUGACAGUUGGCGAGCUCACGCCCGGGACUGCACCUCAUAAAGAGAUACAUAUACCCUGGCAUAGAGCGGGUUACAGGAUAGUGUAA